GGUAAAUUUAAAUAUUUCAUGAAAUUAAACACCACACUUGUUACAAAUACGAUUCAACUAUUGAGUAAGUUCAUUUUAAAAAUUUUGAGAUAUUGAUACCUGAUACAGCUAGGAUUUAGUAUAAAAUGUCUUCACCUAAUCAAACUCAACAUCAGUAUCACAACAGCGAUUGUCAUCAAAACCACAGCAAUGUACUCAAAGUUAGCAAUUUUGCUUUUGGUAACUGUUGGAAUGGCUCAAUGCGGAUUUUUAAAUUACACCCCAAAUUCGAGUUAUGGGCAACAAUCAAGCUAUGGAAACUCCAACAACGGAUAUCCUGCUAGUUCCUCAAUAAAUCGUCAAGAUACAACAAACGGACACAGAAUUUUCGGAGUCGCUCGAUCUUACCACUAUGGGACGUUUAAUCCACGUUAUGGAGGUGGAUAUGAUGGAAAUAAUUUUAGAAAUAAUAAUAAUAACUUAUACGGAUUCGGAACUUCAAACAGAUACGGUGCCAGCAACAAUAAUGGAGGAUAUGGAUACAAUUUAAACAACAAUCAAGGAUCUUCCAAUAACCCUAAUACAGGUUUCAAUGGAAAUUUAAACGGAAAUAAUUUAAAUAGAGGUGGAAAUUACGGCUAUGGAAACGGUUAUGGAUACAACACUUAUGGAUAUGGAUCCACAAGUAACAACGGACAAGGUCAAAUCAAUUCCAGUUAUAGAAGCAACGGAAAUUAUUAAAGAUUUAAAACAAUAAAUCUUCAUAAAAACUAUAAAAAGUUCUUUCCUUCCAUUAUAAUUACUGUAAUUACUGCUAUGUAGAACUUAAAAAAGAACUUUUAUGCGCUU